AUGUCUAAAGCUCGCGACCCCUCCGACGCCGAGCGCGGCCUGCCUCCCUCAAAGUUUCGCAAAUCCGACUUUUUCAACUAUCAUCCACCCUUCUCCGUCCUCCUACUCGAAUUCCUCGUUUGGCUCGUUCUCUUCUUUGUUUGCUUUUUGGAGCCGAAUGGAGGGCUGGCGGCGGUGAUCAAGAGUGACGAUGAGUAUAUUGGGCUGUUGAAGAAAUGCAGUGCAUCAAGCUGUGAUGGUUGGAUGCAAGGCGCCACCUCCUCCUCCUCAGAUUCCUCCUCCUCUUCCUCCGACGCAUCAAGAAGAUCACUCUCACCCCGCGCCAUCGAUUCUUCCAUCGACCUCGCCAACUUUUACCUGACCACCGGUCUCGCAGCCCUCUGCUCCUUCUGGCUCAUGACGUACACCUUCCUCUUCACAUUUUACCGCUUCUCCACUUCUCCUCCCCCACCACCCCCUACCCAAGGCGAGGAAGAAGAAGAUGAACCAAAGACAAGAUGGGGCAGAAUGAAAAGAGGUUGGAAGAGGUUUGUGUUUAGGGUGAGCCGGCUGUAUGUGUUCUUCUUGGGGUGGAUUGUGUUGGGUGUAGCUUGUGCGGCGAGUUGGCAGGUGCAGAAAGCUAGUGGUGAUGGAGGGAGCGUGGGUUUGGCGAUUAUCUAUAUCUCGAGGGAGUCUCCGGCGCAGGGCAGACCUCGGCUGGCUCGGGUGCCUCUGCCUACCAUUUUUCAGCCGGUGCAAGACACGAGCGACGAAGAAGUGGGAGAGAGCCGAAGGCGGUGA